CCCCACACACACACUGACCUAGAGAGGACUCAUCGCGGUGUACUCCAUGACAUGAAGGCUGCAGUGAGAAGCGGACAGGCUGUUCGUGGAAUCUUCGGAGCUACCCCAAUAGCAAGGAUCCCCUCCUUAGACCUUGUUUGGGGCACUGUACCAGAAUACAUGCAUUGUGUCUUGGAAGGCGUGAUAAAGCAACUUACUGAAGCCUGGAUGACAAGCACUUACUCUGCGUACUACAUUGGAACAUCCCUGGCCUCCAUUGAUGACCGCCUAGUGCGCAUAACCCCCCCCCCAAUCAUGUUUUCACGCAACCCACGAGGACUGAAAGAGAGGGCACUAUGGAAGGCGAAAGAGUGGAGGUACUGGCUGCUGUAUUACGCCCUGCCGUGCCUUGUGGGAAUUCUACCCAGACAGUACUAUGCCCACCUCUCACUGCUCUGUCAGGCUAUUUUUCUCCUUUUGCAAAAGCGAGUUAGCCAUAGCGACAUUAGAGUAGCUGAGGAUGUCUUGAAACGUUUCCUUUGUCAGGUCGCACCCCUUUAUGGAGAAAGUGCUGAGACAUCUAAUAUGCAUUUGCUGAUGCACUUGCCAAAAUGUGUUACCCACCUUGGACCCCUGUGGGCCACGUCGAUGUUUCCGUUUGAGAGUGCGAAUGGAACAGUUCUCCAUUUCAUUACGGCGUACAAAGGGGCAGCUAAGCAAGUGGCUGAAAGGUGGAUAAUGCGUCAGAGCCUCUUGUUCUCAAGUACGAAAAUCAGCCUUCCGCACCACCUAGACGUGAUCUUUCGGAUGUUCCUCAGAGGAACAUCAAGUCGCACUAACGGCACAUUAGGCAAUGCUCAAGACGUCAGAUUCACUGCUGCACAACAGAAUGUACUAUCCGCAUAUUUCUCACAUGUACCUGCAUUCCAGAUGUAUCAUCGAGCACGCAUUUUAGGUCUAGACGUACAGUGUGCUGCUUAUCAGCGGUGCAAAAGAACCUGUACACGAUUCAUUAAAACGAAGGAUGGUGCCUUCUGUGAAGUUCUGUACAUCCUAAAGACUGUUGCCGAUGGGAACAUUUUUCUUCUGUCCAAGAAGCUUAUCACAGAUGGUUGCUUGGGUAGCACAACAUAUGUUCACAAGUGCAUCAUUCCCCCGCAAGAUGAAAACUUGCGUGUCUUGCCUUCUUGUGACAUGGAAAGUGUCUGUGUUUGUGUGAAAGUGACACGAGAUGUAUAUUUGUGCGACAUGCCAAAUUUCUACGAGAAAGAGUAG